AUGCAUCAAGUGGAAAGGUCUGAAAAUGAUAAACGCUUCAAUGAUUCAAAAUUGUCGGCAUCACUUCGACGUCUCCCACUACAUUCCACUUCGCACGUAAAUGAUCAAGAAAGAGAAAACACGAGACAAUGUUUUGGUGGUUUGCUUUUUAAUUUUUUACUUUUUGAUAAUUUAUGUGCUAUCAAGUGUUUAGUGUUGAAGAAAAUGUGA